AUGACGAUCGAUAAGCGCGAUUUCGACGCAAAUCGCCCGCUCCUCCAGGAUCUCGAUACAGAACAAGAUACAACCGACCGAAGCGCAGAGCCAUCGCGACGACAUUCAUUGAGCCCUGCUAAUCACGAAAUUGGUCGGAGUGAUGAUGGGCUACUGAGCGAUGUCGUCGGGGAGAUUGUCGAGCGAGACAGACGGAAGAUGCAGAAGGAGGUUAUCCGAGUGCUUAGCUUUAGCUGGGGUGUUGUUACUUGCUUGGGAGCCGGGAGUAUCACUGCGUUCUCUCUGUAUGGCCAUCUACUCCUUACUCGGCUCCAUUACUCGCAGCUCCAGGUUAAUGCCGUUUCUAUCGCUGCGGAAAUCGCAAUGUACCUCCCCGUCCCCUUGUUCGGCUACUUGUGUGAUCGGUACAGCCCGUCGCCACUAGCUAUGUUCUCGGGACUGGUCUUUGGAAUCGGGUAUCUCCUCGCUGCGUUCACGUAUAAGAGCGGCCCGCCUGUUGAUGCGGGAGGCUCGGGGUGGCCGUUCUGGGUGAUGAUCGUGGCGUUUAUCGCCAUUGGUAUGGGCACUAGCUGCAUGUAUCUAGCAGCUAUUGCGACAUGUGCCAAGAACUUCGGCAGGGGAAAGCACAAGGGUAUUAUGCUUGCUGUUCCUAUUGCGGCGUUCGGUCUUAGUGGUAUGUGGCAAAGUCAACUCGGGACGUAUCUGUUCUACGAACGUCUCGAGGAUGGGAGCCACGGUGAUCUCGACGUUUUCCAAUACUUCGUCUUUCUAGCGCUGCUAUUGCUGGGAAUUGGGAUCGUCGGUACCUUUGCAUUGCGCAUCGUGGAGGAUGAUGAUAAGUAUAUCGAUGAGACGGUUGAAGAACUAGAGCGCAGUGGACUGCUGGAGGAGAGUGAUUUCUUCCAACCGCGGAAUGAAAUCAGGCAAGCGGUUGAGUACGGCACUUUCUCUGAUGCAUUCGAUGAGGAGCAAUCAACCCUGUCCGAUGAAGAGCGAGAGCAGCAAAGAUUAGAGAAGGAACGCGAGGAAGAGGAGCGCCGGAAAAAGAACUGGCUUCUCAACUAUGAAACCCGUAUCUUCUUACAAGACAACACCAUGUGGUGGCUAGCCGCCGGCUUCUUCUUGGUCACCGGCCCCGGCGAAUCGUACAUCAACAACCUGGGCACAGUUAUCCCAACCCUCACACCUCAAUCCUAUCCCACAGGCGCUUCACCCCCAGCCGGAUCCCCCUCAACCCACGUCACAACCAUAGCCCUAACCUCGACCAUCGCCCGACUCCUAACAGGCUCACUUUCCGACUACUUCGCACCCCCAGCAACACACCUCUUCCCUUCAAUCCCCGAAGGUUCCCGAAACACAUCCCCUCCAUCUGCCUUCUCCCUGGCGCCCAUCAUCAUCUCUGUCGUCUGGGGCGUCGAGAACUUCGCCACGAACUGGGGUAUCGUUGCCAUGAUGCCGGCGGCUGGUGCCGCGCUCUGGGGUAUUGUCUACUCCGCUGCUUAUCAGAGUGCUAUGAAUCGCGGCGACGGUGAUGGAUUGUCUGAUGGGCAAUGUCAUGGAUGGCGAUGCUAUGGGUUCUGGGCUGUCGGCUGCACGGUUAGCGUUUGGAUUGCUGUUUUGGCUUGGUUGGCUGCUUGGAGGGGGUGGAAGAGGAGAGGGGUUGUUGUUUAG